UGAAUUUGAUAAACAUUGGCACUACGCCGUACUGCGUGAUUACUUUCUUAGCAGAUUAGAGCAGUACGCCGUACAGCGGCGACGUUUUCAUAUAAGAUACAUAUAUCCCCACCCUACUGCCGCAUUUAACAGAAACGUAAACAAACCAGUGUUCUUUUCCGCCGAAAUACCCCCUCCGCAUUUCAAUAAUGACGUGAUCAUGCCGACGCGGGAAAUGUCGAGGCACAACGCCGAUCUGCGUCCAACGCAUCAUCAUUCGUAGUACGGCCGUGAAAAGUAGUGUCCGUUUUAGCAACAGUUGUUUAUUUACCUGGCGUAUUUCGCAAAGUAAGAUGGAUCCAUAUCAACGAGAGCAAGAAAGACUUUCUCGGCUCUUCGACGAAGUUGUAACCAGCGAAGAGGAGGAAGAAGAGGAUCCUUAUGCUGACGUAGACGGGGAAUAUGGAUCUGAUAAAGACUAUCAACCAGAUGAUGAGUCCUCUACAUCAUUAGAAGAGGACGAAUCAAAUAGCUCUGUACCAGAUAUAGGAUCCCAGCCGUCUGACCCUGAGGUAGAAGAAGAGUGGGAAACUACCACGGCUCCUAUACCAGAUUUCCACUUUGAUGAAAGUACAGUUGGUGUCAAAGUAAAUAUUGAUCCCAACUCAACUCCGCUUGAAGUUGCACAACUUUUUAUAACACCGAACAUCCUCGAUUACAUUAUUGGAUGUACAAAUAAUUAUGGUACGGUUUUAGCAGCUGGUUCCAAGACAAAAACAAGAAGGUCGAGAAAUGCAUAUUUUCGUACCGUUACAGUGGAUGAGAUGAAACAAUUUCUAGGUCUGUGCCUAUUACAAGGGCAAAUAUCUACCUCAAACAUGCGUCGCUAUUUUUCCCAUAAAGAUAUCCUCUAUUUUCACCCAAUCUUCAGUCAUGUGAUGUCUGGUAGGCGUUUUGAGCAGUUACUUAGGGUUGUGUGCUGUUCUCCUCUCGAAUCCAAAGGUAAAGAGAAAGUGCAACAUUUGAUAGACAUGGUCAUUUCUCAAUGUCAAGCAAUUUAUGGACCGAGUAAGGAACUUUCAAUUGAUGAAAGCCUAUUGCAUUUUCGAGGUAGACUUGGAUUCAGGGUUUACAUCAAAGGGAAGAAAUCACGAUACGGAAUAAAGUUCUUUGAACUUACUACUUUUGAUAGCUACCUCCUAAAUAUGGAAAUGUAG